GACCACUGUGUUGUGCAGGAACUGGCACGGCAUCACCGAAAGCCGCCAGUAGAACAAAUGAAAACGAAAACUACACUUGCUUGUGGAUUAAUUUUGGGGCGAGACAUUUAGUCGAAUCGAGGAGAUCUUUAAGUAUAGAAACGAUCGACUGACGAGGAUUGGGACAUUGAAUAUUCUACGUUGUUACCACCGAACGGGUUCUUCUGCCUCGCCGCUAAGGUUGCAGGCUAAAGGAAACGGCCGAUAAUGUGCGGCAUCUGCUAUACAGCCACACCCUCCUCCUACCUGUAGAGGAAGCGGCUGUGCCAGCAUGUCCUCUCACCCCCAGCCUGUGCCGCCGGGCCGGAGAGCUGUGGACACGAGGCACCUGCCAAACCCUGCCACUCUGCCCCUACAGCUGCAACGGGCACACACGGAAGUGGGACUGGUGGACUACCACUCUCAGCAUGCCCGGGACUACAGCUCCCACCUGGCUCAACCCCAUCGCCGUCGGCCAUCCUUACUUUCAGAGUUCCAGCCUGGGAAUGAGAGAGGACAAGAGCAACACAUCCGCUACAAGCACUUUUACCUGCCGGAGCCCACAGGCCAAUCAGAGGUGGACUAUGCUGAGAUCAAACGCCCUCGUUUAGAGAUAGGCUCAGAGUCUCUGGUGAGGCCUUCACCCCACCAACAGCCAUUGACUCUGGGAGGGGCUGAGGAUACUACAAAGGAGCGUGGAAGUGCCAUUGGGAAGUUGGAGCCCAUUUCUCCUGUGAGCCCGGUCCAUAUGGACCCUGACUUGGAUCUGGUCCCAGCACGCUUUUCCAAGGAGGAGCUGAUCCAGAACAUGGACCGUGUGGACAGGGAAAUUACGAUGGUGGAGCAGCAGAUCUGCAAGCUUCGCAAAAAACAGCAACAGCUGGAGGAGGAGGCUGCAAAGCCCCACGAACCUGAGAGACCCAUCUCACCACCACCCAGUGAGGCCAAGCACCGCAGCCUGGUUCAGAUCAUCUACGAUGAGAAUAGGAAAAAGGCAGAAGAGGCUCAUAGGAUACUGGAAGGACUGGGACCCAGGGUAGAACUGCCUCUGUACAACCAGCCUUCUGAUACCAAACAGUACCAUGAGAACAUCAAAAUAAACCAGGCAAUGAGGAAGAAGCUCAUCUUGUAUUUCAAAAGGAGAAAUCAUGCUCGUAAGCAGUGGGAACAGAAGUUUUGCCAGCGCUAUGAUCAGCUAAUGGAGGCCUGGGAGAAAAAGGUGGAGCGCAUUGAAAACAACCCGAGGCGCAGAGCCAAGGAGAGCAAGGUGCGGGAGUACUACGAAAAACAGUUCCCAGAGAUCCGCAAGCAAAGAGAGCUGCAGGAGCGAAUGCAGAGCCGUGUUGGGCAGAGAGGAGGUGGACUAACUUCCUCUGCAGCACGCAGUGAAGUCAAUCAUGAAGUCUCCGAAAUUAUUGAUGGAAUAUCAGAGCAUGAGAACACAGAGAAGCAGAUGCGACAGCUGGCGGUCAUCCCUCCAAUGCUGUUUGACGCCGAGCAGCAACGCAUCAAGUUCAUCAACAUGAACGGAUUGAUGGAUGAUCCCAUGAAGGUGUACAAGGAUCGGCAGGUCAUGAAUAUGUGGAGCGAGCAGGAGAAGGACACUUUCAGAGAGAAGUUCAUCCAGCAUCCUAAAAACUUUGGUUUGAUUGCAUCAUUUCUGGAGAGAAAGACGGUGGCAGAGUGUGUGCUCUUUUACUACCUGACCAAAAAGAAUGAAAAUUACAAGAACAUCGUGCGAAGGAACUACAGACGCAGAGGAAGAAGCCAGCAUGGCCAGCAGCAGCAGCAGCAGCAGCAGCAGCAGCAGCAGCAGCAGCAGCAGCAGCAGCAACAAGUGAACCGGGGCAGCCAGGAGGACAAGGAGAAGGAAGAGAAAGAGAAGGAAGCAGAACGGGAAGAAGAGAAAAAUGAAGCUGAAGACAAGGAGGAUGGAAUGAAGGAUGACACAUCUGGGGAAGAUGCAGAGGACAAAGAACCCACUGUGGCUGUUAAGGGACGACGGACAGCUAACAGCCAGGGCCUGCGCAAAGGCCGGAUUACCCGCUCAAUGACCAGUGAAGUGGAGGAGACCUCUGCGCCGCAACUCAACAAUGAGCUUGCCAACCUGGAGAUGAAUGAGAGCUCUCGCUGGACUGAAGAAGAAAUGGAAACUGCCAAAAAAGGUCUUCUCCAGUAUGGUAGGAAUUGGUCCGCCAUCGCCAAGAUGGUGGGAUCAAAAACCGUGUCGCAGUGCAAGAACUUCUACUUCAACUACAAGAAGAGGCAGAAACUGGAUGAGAUUCUGCAGCAGCAUAAAAUGAAAUCUGAGAAAGAGCGAAAAGCCCGCCGAAGGGGCAAAGCGUCACAGAAUGAAGAGGCCAGUGCUCCUUAUGCUGCAGAGGAGGAAGAGAUGGAGGGUUCGGGAGCCAGCUGCAAUGAGGAGGAAGCACCUGAGGAUGGAGAAGGUGGCGCUAACAAUAGCUCAGACACAGAAAGCUUGUCCUCACCACAUUCAUCCGAGGACAGCAAAGCUAAAGAGGAAAGCUCGGGCAAGUCGAAGAACAACUCCAGUCCUGGAGACAAGGACGAGGCACGGUCAGACUCGAGCCAGGCAGGAGAUGUGAAGCCUCCAUUCAAAGAAGAUGCAGACUUAGCCAUCAAGCAGGAGAUAAAGACUGAGACAGGGGGGGCCAACAAAGAGCAGCCACUGCCAGCGCCACCCGACGAUGGCACAGAUAAAAAGCCUCCAACAGCAGAGGGAGAAGAAGUCAAAAACUCCACCAAGAGCUCCAAGAAGGAGCAUGCAGCCAAAACGGGCUCACAUGGGGACAGCGACUCUAGUGCCACUUGCAGUGCUGAUGAAGUGGAGGAGACGGACAAUACAGAUAAAAACAGAAUGACAUCUCCACGUCCAAGCCUCCUGAACUACACUCACGAUGGGGUCACAUCAUCCCCACUGCAGAAGCCCAUGGAUCUGAAGCAGCUCAAACAGAGGGCUGCCGCUAUACCACCUAUUAUGCCAGAGGCCUCCUUGCAUGGCAGUCAGAGGAGUGGGAACGGGAAGGCAAUGCUACCCCCCCACGCCCUGGCACUCUACCAGCAACAGAUCACCAUGGCUCAUGGGGAAUCCUCUCAGGAGGUCAGACAACAGCAGCAGCAGCCUUCAGGCCAGCCAGGCAAACAGCAGCCUUAUAUCCUGCAGCCAGACAGAGACCGGGAGGCUCCUCACCGCAGCAGCCCUCACAUUCGCCCUCGAAGCCCCUCCACCUGCGAAAAGGAUGAACGGUCCCAAGCUUUCUCUCCUCAUGGUGAAGCCAAGAAGCAGGGACUAGGCCCUGACGAAUUGAGGACCUCAAACUUGGGUCGCCCAGUUCUCUCCCCUUACCCCAUGUCCCCACGAGACAUGGCCAAGAUCAGUCAUGAGCAGCAUCUGCUCCACUUCAGCACGUUCCAGCAAGCAGGACACCCCUCACUCUCUGGUCUGUCACAGGACAGUGUUAGGCUAGCGGCUGUGAGACCCAGCUCAAUGCCAGAGCCUCCACCUCUCAUUUCCUCCACCAAACCUGGAGGCUCUAUCACACAGGGUACCCCAGUACAGUUACACAGUCCCGCUCAUGGGUUGGACCACACAAAGAUGCCCACUGCACCGAUGGGGCUGCCGUGGAUGGAUAAGAAAGUCGCAGGUACUUACCCAGUGGUAAAGCAGGAACAGUUAUCUCCUCACAGCUCAUCGUCUCAAGCUGAUAACCUGUCCACCCCGGGGGUACUUCAAGACGGUGCUUCUGGACGAGCUUCUCUUUCAGCUGUCCAGGGAGGUAGUAUCACCAAGGGCAUCCCAGGGACCAGAAUGCAUCCAGAUUCUGCAUUAUCCUACAGAGGUGGCUCCAUUACUCAGGGGACACCGGCUGAUGUGCUGUAUAAGGGAACCAUAACACGUCUAAUCACCGAAGACAGCGCGAGCCGAGCUGAGAGGGAGCGGGACGAGGCAUUGUCGAAAAGUGAGGUGGUCUUCGAGGGCAUUGGUGCGCACAUCCUCGCAUAUGAUCGCCCAGCAUCUCAGACCCCCAAAGAUGAGGGCAGAGGCUCAGGGCAGCCUGGAGAAAUUCUAGGCCUGAAGCGUCCUUAUGAUGUUAUGGAGGGAGGCAGAGGGCUUCCAGUGAGGGAAUCGCUGUCUGCUGCCAACUGUGAAGGUCUUAUUGGUCGAGCUAUGCCUCAUGAUAGAGACAGUCCACAUCACGCACCUUACAAAGAUGCUCAUCACAUCCGUGGUUCAAUCUCACAAGGUAUACCCCGUCAUCUGGACCCUCCGGAUGGAUACAUGAGGCGGGAAGCUAAGCAGAUGAAGAGAGAGGGCUCCCCACCCCAUGGAUCCAGUUCAUUACCUGAUCCGAUGAAGGGCAGAGAGACCAUUGUGCCCACGGUGAGGGAGGUUAGACGCUCCAUCCACCUCAUUCCAAAGGAGGAGCCCAGGCAGCCUACCAAGGAGGGAACACCUGUAAAGCAGGAAGCACCUGGUUCAGGGAAACGUCACGAUGUCCGUUCCAUCAUAGCCAGUUCGCCACGUUCCUACCACAGUACACCCACCCACUUAGACAUGCGCCCUGAUAGGGGUCGAUAUGAGGAGGCACCUAAAGGGCGGCCCAGUGCGGUGGUCAGUACUGCAAGCCCCAUUGCCCGCUCAUCACCACUUACUCUGGGGGCAGAGCAGGGAGGCAAAGCUCAUCAUAGCCCAGUGGGCUAUGAUGACAAAGGCGCCUUAAGGACCCCUUACCCUGGACCUUCACAUCGUGGCUCUCCGCUGUCCAGGGAGGCAAGCCAAAGGCAGCAUGAGGGUGGGUAUAUCUCAAGAAGACAAGGUUCUAGUAAGAAUUCUUCUCAGGAGCGUAAGGCCACACCGAACCCCAGGGAGAUGAGUGCUACUAAAUCCCCUCUCUCUGGUGUUGCAGAUCAACAGGCCUAUGAGCGUCUGCUGCAGGGUCUUGGAACUACAGACAUGUACCGUCAGAUUCCUUUAGCUUUCGAUCCUGCAGCACUUCCCCGCGGUAUCCACAUUGACCCUGCGGCCUACUACUUGCCUCGCCACCUUGCUCCCAAUCCGGCUUACCCUCAUUCCUACCCCUACCUCAUCCGUAGCUAUCCUGACACAGCAGCCCUCGAAAACCGCCAGACGCUUCUCAAUGACUACAUCACCUCUCAGCAGAUGCACCAGUGGCCUGCAGCUGCUGCAAUGGCUGCCCAGCGCUCAGACCUGCUUAGGGGCCUUGCUCCUCGAGACCAGCCCUUGCAGCUGCCCUACUCUGCUCCCCCACGUGGGAUCAUCGAUCUUUCUCAGGUGCCCCACUUGCCUGUCCUGGUCCCUCCCUCUGCAGGGACAGCCAGCUCCCCAAUGGAUCGCAUCACCUACAUCCCUGGGACAAGCACCACCUUCGCUGGCAGGCCUUACACCACCUCACCUAUCUCACCUGUUGGCUCCUCACACAUAAACAAAAUUCAAGGUGCACCCUCAUCUUCAGAGCGCGAUCACGAGAGAGAGCGCGAACAACGUGACAGAGAGAGGGAGCUCGAACGGGAUCGGGAAAGACGAGAGCGAGAAAGGGAAAGAGAGCGAGAGAGAGAACGGGACCGUGACAGAGAGAAGGGAGGCUCUCUAGGAAAUGUGGAGCACGCCCCCAUUUGGCGACCAGGUACAGAGCACAGCUUAGCUAGCAGCAGCGGGAGACCUGCAUCCCAACCAUAUAGCCACCAGCACUCGCCAGUGUCUCCUCGUACCCAGGACAAUGUGCAGCAGAGGCCCAGUGUCUUACACAACACUGGGGGCAAAAGUCUUUCUGUCAGCGAGCACUCCGGCUCAUCCGUGUUACGGUCCAUGCCCUCAGGGUCAUCCCGCUACCAAGGUUACCCUGGCCACCAAAGGACAGGUGUGCCACCUGACGCCUACCCACCUGCUAUAGAGUCCACUUUAGCCAAAGAGCAGAGUCGUGAUGGAGGCAAAAACAGAGGAAGUCUACCCAAACACGUGCAGGACCAGCAUGGGACCCUGGGUAAAUCUGACCCCAAGCUGUCCAGUCCCAACCCAGGAGGAAUAUACCCCGGCUCUUAUCCCCCGGCUUCAGGCCGUCCUCAACACAUGCUACCUCCGCAGUUGGAUAACACUUCUGGCCGCGGAGAAAGCGGUACACCUAGUAGAGAAAAGACUCAAAACAAACCGAAGUCCAUUCAGGAACAAGAGCUCCUAUCACUCGCUCCGCCACACGGUCUCUACCGUCCCCCCUCAGAAGAAAGACUGUCCCCAGGCCAACAGCCCCCGUCCCCCUGUGUCAAAGGCAGCCAGAGGGUGGUCACCCUGGCACAGCACAUCAGCGAGGUGAUAACUAAAGACUACACCAGACAGAGCCAGCAGCAGCAAAGCUAUCACGGCUCUCCUGUCCUGGACUUGACCCGUCCACCCAGUGCCUCUCAGCUCCCACCAACUUCACAGGAGUCAACCCAAGGGUCCCGCUAUCCAGAGGGUCUUGCUGUAGAAUGCAACAGAGAUCGGUCUCCCUCUCAGUCCAAGUCUUCACCUGUCAGUGUUUCAAAUGAUGGCAUUGAACCAGUGUCUCCUCCUGGAGCCAACUCUGAACCUGAAGUCCAGGGAGGAGGGGCCUCCUACCCUAACGAGCAGGGAGACCAAGGACUGGGCUCCCGUUCUCCUCCCAAUACAUCCCAACGUCCACUAUUUUUCAGCAGGCUGAAUGAGAGCACCUCAGCUAUUGUGAAGUCUAAGAAGCAAGAAAUGAUUAAGAAGAUGACUGUGACUGGAAAUGAUGAUGCUGGUCAGCCAGGAACAGAAAUCUUCAACAUGCCAGCAUCAACUACUGCAGGACCUGUGAGUGUGCGCAGCCAUCCAACUCCAGAGGCACCUGGCAACUCCAUCGGCCUGGAGGCCAUCAUCAGAAAAGCCUUAAUGGGCAAAUACGACGAUGCAUCUGACGAACGCUCUCCAUCCAACACGGCUAACCCAACGGGUUCAUCUGCUGACGGACGGGCUGAGGACUCAUCACAAGGAGGGUCGAAGCCCUCAAAAGGCAAUGGGCGCUCUAAUGGUCGCAAGGCUAAGUCCCCAGGACCGGGUCUGUCUGGGAGUGAGAGACCUUCCUCCGUGUCCUCUGUUCACUCGGAAGGAGACUGCAACAGACGAACUCCACUUAUCAACCGUGUCUUUGAGGAUAGGCCUUUGUCUGCAGGUUCAACGCCAACCCCCUAUCCAUGUAACCCGCUGAUGAUGCGUUUCCCCAGCGGGACCGUUUCAGCUCAUUCCCCCUCCUCUGGCCAUCAGGGUGGCCAGGGCCCAGGGUCAGGACCUGGACACGGUCGCUCCUGGGAGGAGGAGCCCAAACCUCUGCUCUCAUCUCAGUACGAGACCCUGUCUGACACCGAGUGACCAGAAUUGCCACUGCACAAAAAGACCCGCUAACAAGUCAGCCUCCUUUGUGCUGCUGCAACUACACAUGCACACAAACACACACACGCACACAAAAGUACUGCUGAGGCAUCUGCAGACCUUCCCCCACCUAUCCAACCUGCAUCUCCUCCAUCAGUCACAAAUAAUAUCCUUUCACACACCUGAGAUGCCAACAAGUGGCGAAGUGAAACUCUGCUGCUCCCUGUGUGUGUGGGUGUGGGUGUGUGUGUGUGUGUUUGCACUCACAUGUUAUGCAUUCACUCCAGGACUACUCUAAAGGACAAAUCACUUGCUUUUUUUGUUUGUUUGUUUUUUGUUUUUUAUGUUUGUUUUUUUUUUUUUUAACUUUACUACUAUUCCUCACUGGCCUUAUAAAUACAGACACAUUGAUCUGUACUGUUUGGGUGUACUGGUCUAACAUGUGUAAAGAGGACUUCGAUGAUGGCUGCUUUGGUGACGGCUAAUUUGACCACAAAGCUGACCCCAGAGCAGCGGCCCACACAGCGAGGACCCAUGUGUUUGUUUUACAGUAAUCUCCAGGUGCAGGCAGCCUGCUACCACUACAAGAAUACAUUCAAGGAGACAGGAGGAGAAUCAACAUCCUGUUUUUUCUAGUUUUGGUUCUUUCUUUUUUUCUCCUUUUGAAUUCUGUCAGUCCAGUCCUGUGUUUUGUGAGUUGAGACCUUUAGUACAUUUUGAUGGUGAAACUUUGAUGGUGACAUUUGUUGUCUCUUAUCUGCAAUGAUGUAUCUUUUUGGGGGCGGGAUUAUAGGGCAGAGAUUACAUGGGAUGGGUCAUAUCAUUGGUUUACAGGGUAAACAUGUGGUUCAUUGCUGAUGUCGUAUGUUAUAGGGAGGGCCCUGGAGAAAGGCAAAGCCUUUAGGAAUCUGUGUGGGAAGGUGAUUUGCCAGAUGGGUGGCACUGAGACGAGUGACACUUUCUCACUGUUUUUAUAUUAACCAUGUCUGUGUUUGUUGAAACGGUUUUUUGAUAUUAAGCACUUAGUUGUCAGUCUGUUCACAAUGGCAUUUUAAAGAAUCUGUGUUUCCAGGGACAGGUAAAAGUGGACUCAAGAACAGCUCAGAAAUCAAGAUGUGGAGGUUUCCUUUAAAACCUGUCUGUUGAUUUUUGGUCUUGCUGCUUAUUGUUUAGCGCUCCAACACUUGAAGCGACAAUCGCAUUAAAGUGAAUGAUGACUAAGCCGCUGUGAGGAGGUUGCAGAUCAACCUUUAAAGCUGCUCAAAUGCAAAUUCCACAGCGUCACUCUUGAGUUUCCUUGCAUUAAAGAGGUGACAAAAAAUGAAAAAAUUAAAUAAAAUAAAGCCAUCUUUCUAUGACCCCCUGGUCUUUGACAGUGUCAGCCCAAGCUGGUCUGCUAGAACCCGGUCUUGGAGCUGUUGUGACAGUCUGACCUCUGACUUUUUACUGCCCAGAGGAAGCGCUGAGACUCAUCUCCUCAUCCUGGCAGAUUUUGUACAGUUAUGAGAUAUUCUUAGUGUUAAGUGCCAUUUAUUUUACAUAUACAUGAAAUACAGAAGUUCCUAAAUGACGCACAAGUUUUCAUUUAGCCGCCCAUGCUAAGAUUUAUACUGUCCAUACAGGGAAAUCCAAACAUUAAAAGAAACUUCCUGGAUUUUUUAUUAUUAUUAUUAUUAUUAUUAUUAUUAAUGUGUGUGCAUUUUUUCAUCUCUUCUAAAUCUGUCACUGCCUUAUCUUUUAAUUGAUUCACUCAUUAUCCUCCAAAUAAGACAAAACUGUGUCCCAGCAUGGCUUACCUGGACCUGCAUCAGAUGUUUUCUGAAAAAAAGGCUUGCAGUGCAGUUACACCACCUGUGUUUGUGUGGGUUGGAGGAAGUUGAGGGGAAGGCAUUCUGGUGGUAGUGUGUAACUUUAGUUGACAUGUACUCCUUCUUUCCUGCAGUAUUUUAAAGGCUGAUGCGUGUAAAUUGAUUUGAGACGUCUGGUUCGUGACAGUACACGCAGGGAUGUUUUGCUUCCCCUGGCUGAUCACUCUGAAGGGACAGGAGUGAGCUUGUUGAGAAAGACUCCAACUCUCACUCGUUUUUGUCUCGAUGGAUUAUAAAAACACAGACAUGACUGUUAUAGGACUACCUCCUCUCCUCCUUCAUCUUUCAUGUCAACGGUGACGCAUCCAGCAUGCCUUACCUGCAGACAGCUCAUCUCAGCCGUGUUUUAGUUUUUUUUUUUUUAUUAUUAUUUUAUAAAAACCGAUGGAGGGUUUGUAAUUUCAUCAUAAAAGGCAAAAAUACAGCUUUGUACUUUACUCUGUAUGUAUAUCAUUUUUCCACUGCUGAAAUGUAAGAAUGUGACGCUAAACAGACUAAGCCAUAUCCAGCUGUUCCCUAAACCCACGACUAACAUGUUUUUAAAAGUACACUGAAAUUAAUUUUUACCCUGCAUCCUUUUUUCUUUCCUUUCUUUUUUUUUUUUAUGUUCCAAUAGUUUGUUUAAUGCACACUUGUAUCAUCAUUAAUCAUUCAAACCUAAAAGGAAAAUAGUUGAUUACUGAUAUGUUCCCUGGACUCCUGAUGGUGGGUGGGGAUUGACAAACAAGACAUUGUUCAACCAUUUUGUGCAUUUUUUUUUUAAUUAUGAUAACCCACUGUAUAAUAGCAAGGAUUGUAUAUACAACCGAAGAGAUGUAAAUAUUUAUGUGGCUUGCUUCAAGGUUGGUAUUACGAGAAGAAAAAUAUUCACAUGGUUAAAUUCUACAUGCCCACCAGCAAGCUUUGUGGAUAGCAGUGUAAAAAUUAAAAAGAAAGAAAAAAAAAAAAGACACUGCCUUAAUGUUUAAAUAAAAA